CCCAUUCCCUGUUUUCUCCUGCGCCGGGUUGACCUUCGGGCUUUAGCUGUGGUUACAAGGAAUACGAGGUCGAGAAUUGCCCCCUUCGCUCUUGCGCCAGGUUGGCCAUGUCGUCAAGUUUUCAGUUGCCAUAUGAUUACGUCAACUACAUCUGGUCAUUGGCUUUCCAACGCUAUCGCGAGCUCCAGUUCGCCACGAUCACACUGAUGGUGUAUGAUCAUGCUAUCACCCUUGGAAAAGAGUUCGAAUUUUUUUGGUGUGGAUCAUGGAGUCUGUCGAAAUUUCUGUAUCUUUUGAUUCGAUACCUGUCUCUUACGCUUGUAGUGUAAGUAUUGCACUUCUGAUAAGCGCCGGAGUCAUUGAAUAUCUUGAUUGCAGACUGCUGUUAGUAGGUAAGUCUAUUAUCCCAUUCAUCGAUGAGCGAAGACUCAUUGCUGUUUCUUCAUUGUUUCAGUGAACUGCACGACAGAAUAUGUGAGUGAUGUUGGCUACCAUUGUCACAGAGCCUGAGCAAGUUGCUAGGCGUUAGUCUCCCAUAAAAUACUGUGGAAUUGGAAACCAGGAGUGACCUUCCUUUCGAAGGCCUUUAUUCUUUGCCGCUUUUG